AUGAGGAUACUUAGCUGGAACUGUCGUGGGGUUGGGAACCCAGCGACAAUUCGUGAAUUGAAGCAACUCCUUGUUGCAAAUGUUCCUGAUAUUGUCUUUCUUUGUGAAACUAAAAUUCAUUCUAAAGGGUUUUCUCAUAUUCGUUCUAUAUGUAAAAUGGAGGAUUAUUUAGCUAUUAGUUUGGAAGGGAAAGUGGAGGGUUGGCUUGGACGUGGAGGGAAGGCGUUCACUGGCUUUUAUGGCCAGACCGAUCCAAGCUUAAGGCAACAAUCAUGGAAUAUGUUGAGAAGGGAAUGGGAUAGGAACACCCGCUAUUUCCACGUGCGGGCAUCGGGUCAUAGAAAAAAGAAAAGCAUAGAUAGACUUAAAGAUACACAAGGUGACUGGCAUGAAGACAAAAAGGAGAUUUUCCACAUUGCUUGGAAUUAUUUUAAUGAUCUUUUCAUGACUUCUAUAAAUUUGGAUGAUGAGAGUGAUUUACAUGAUGUUCUCGAAUGCAUUAAUGAGGACACGAACAGGAGGUUGAACAUAGAGUUUACUAAUGAGGAAAUCUUAAUGGCUUUUAAACAGAUGGAUCCUAGUAAGGCCUCAGGGAUUGAUGGGCUUUCAGGGAGCUUUUUCAAGGAACACUGGCCUACAGUGGGAAAAGAUGUUUUAAGCUUGCGCCAUGAUAUCCUUAAGGGCAGCAAGAGUGCCGAGUGCAUAAAUGAAACAUCGAUUGUUUUGAUUCCUAAGAUUAAGAACUCGUGUGAAAUGGCUAAUUUCUGUCCAAUUAGUCUUUGCAGGGUGAUCUACAAGAUUGUUUCGCUAACCGGCUUAAAGAUGUUCUCCCCCUGUGUAUCAACGAAAAUUAGAGCGCCUUCGUUCCCAACCUGA